AUGGCAUAUUCUGGCCUGCAGCUCAAGGUGUUGGCAUUUGCAAGAGAAGCGCUCCGUGCCUGUGGCAAACGGGGCGAUCCGGUUUUACGGGAACGUUUUCGUGCCUACGUGAUGGGGGAAUUUAGAGCAAACUCCAGGCGAGUAUCAAAAUCAGACUUUGCAACAAUUGAAUACAUGCUACGGAUAGGGCGCAAGCGACUCGAUAACAUGCUUUCCGACCCUUCCGUUACUGCCGUGCAUUUUAAACAUCUCGGUGGAGGUUAG